AUGUCAAAAAACAACUCCAAAAAGAGCAAGUCGGCGUCACAAGCGGAGAGUGCGCCGGCAAAAGUAGCGUCAGGAAAAGGUGGUAAAGGUGCUCUUCAGGAGGCUCCUCCAACACCCGAGCCAGCACGCGCAAUCUUUCCUGGCUGGACCGGAAAGACGCCUUCAUCCCUCCUGCACGAGCACUGUCAAAAGCACGACUGGGAGAAACCCACCUUUGACGUCAAACGGACACCGCGGGGGUUUGUGUGCACGAUUGUACUGGGCAAACGGAACAAAAAGACAGGACAGAUCGAAACAACAUCCUUCACACCCAAGGAUGUCCUUAAACCGACGGCUGUCGAGGCACGCCAUUACGGAGCAACUUACGCUCUGCACAGAGUCAACAGCCACAAAAACAUGGUCAUGGUCCUCCCGCCAGGCCCUCGCGACCUCUGGACCCGACUCGACGACGAAAAGAACAAGGCAGGUCCUAGCGAACAACACCUCUACCUCCCCGACCCAUUCAUCAGCCAAGCCGCCAAACUGCAGCUCCAGCAGCAGAGUCAUCAACAGGCCCUGCAGGAUCAGGCCAAGGUUAGGGCAGCAAGCAACGCCAAGAGGGAUGACGACGACAUCCCGACUCACCAUGGCCCCAGUGAGUACGCUAGUCGAUCCGCACUUGGAGGAGGGAUAGGAGGCAAAGAUGACCGUAGCCAAAAGAACUGGGACAAGCUGCCUAUGGUUCACAUGAACCAGGAGAUGCGCGCCGAAGUCGAGGAUGUUGUCAAGAAGCAAAUGGCAGGCGAGCUCUACCAAACUUACAUCGAGGAGUAUGGAACACAAGGAGAACCAAUGUACAACACUGCCCUUUCCAAGACACUCACGCGUAUGGGAUUCCGGGAUCGCCACGUUGCCGAGGCUCUUCAGUACUGCAACGACCAACCGUCUGCCCUCGACUGGCUCUGCCUUCACGUUCCAGAGGAUGAUCUGCCUGCCAGCUUCCUUCAGUCAAAUUACAACCCAACCAUCACCACCAUCAACCACACCUCUGCCUCGCUGGGUCGCGAGUAUGCCAUCAAGCGCCUUUCAGCUAUUGGAUUCACCUCCGCAACAUGCGGACAGAUCUAUGACAUGGUCGGUGGAGACGAGGACAGGGCCAUGGAGGAGCUCUUCAAGCGACUUGCAUUCCCCAAAGGACAUAUCCCAGACGAUAUGGUACAGGAUAUCCCCAUGGAACCAGAGUCGCCCGAACAGUUGAAGGAGCUCCGAGACGACGAGAUGCUGGCGUUGGAGAGUAUCUACGACGAUCGUUUCCAGCGCGACGAUGAGAGCUGCGCCAAGAUCAAGCUAGAGACGACCCUCCACAACACAAAGAACGCUCCUAAAAUUGAACUCGAGAUCCGGAUAUCCUCGACCUCGACCUAUCCCUUCAACCAACCACCACUCUUCAUCAUCCACGAGCCCGAUCUGCCCUCAUACCUCCGUCUCAGCAUUAUCCAAAAGACCAUGCAGUUCGCCUACAGGACCAUGGUCAUGGCGAUGGGUGGCCCCAUCGUGUACGAUGUCGUCGAGUGGAUCCAGGAGAACUUGCGGGAUAUCUUGGACAACCCUCCCAGUUUGGUUCAGCUAACCGAAGGCUUGAUUACAGUCGACCUUUCACAGGAGGAGGAAAAUCAGGAGUCCUUGGCGUUGCAGGCAGAGGAUGGCGACUCCCUUUUGGUCAAGGCUGUUGGUUCUAAACUGAGCCUCAACGGUGCACCUGGCGCCAAGGGCGGCAAGAAGCGCGGUAUUCGUCCCCUCAAUAUCAAACCUAACAGCCCUGGUUCGAUGGCCAUGCUCAAGGACUACGAAAAGUUGCUCGCCAGCGACAUUUCUUUUCAGGCACUGCAGAUGGCUCGCGCCAAGCUUCCUGCGUGGAGUUUCAAGGAACAGUUGGUGAAGGCCGUCAAGGGUAACUCUGUCGUGAUUGUGUGCGGAGAGACUGGAUGCGGAAAGACAACCCAGGUGCCUCAGUUCAUCCUCGACAGUUGGAUUCAGGAGGCCAUUGGAGAGCAUGCCAACAUUGUUUGCACACAGCCUCGUCGUAUUGCCGCUAUCGGUGUUGCUGAGCGUGUCGCUGUUGAGCGGUCGACAGACACUGGGCAGCAGGUCGGAUAUGCCAUUCGCGGAGAGAACAAGUCGAGCAGGAACACCAAACUGCUGUUCUGUACCACCGGUAUCCUCUUGCGCCGCUUGCAUUCGGAUCCCACACUCCAGAAUGUCACUCACGUCAUGGUGGACGAGGUGCACGAGCGUUCCGUCGACUCGGACUUUUUGCUCAUCCUCCUCCGGGAGCUGGUCCGCAAGCGCAAGGACCUGAAGCUAAUUCUCAUGUCGGCCACGAUCAACAGCGAGUUCUUUUCUGCCUACUUUGACGGCUGCCCUGUCUAUGAGAUCCCAGGAUUCACUCACCCGGUCGAAGAGCUCUACAUGGAGCAGAUCGUUGCCCGCACUGGCCACAAGCCCGACUAUAAGGGCACAAACGUGAAGCGCACCAAAAUGACCGAGGCCAUGGAGGAAGAGUGGGAAAGGACCAAAGCCGAAUACGAAAAAGAGGGAUUGAACGAGGAGACCAUUGCCAAAGUCAAGACCAUGGAGCUGUACGCCGAGCGCAUCGACUAUGACCUCAUUGUUGCCAGUGUCGGCGAUAUCUUGAAGCGCAAGGAACCCGCUGGAAGCGUCGACGGAGCCAUCCUCAUCUUCUUACCAGGUGUCAUGGAGAUUAAAAGAGCGAUCGAUGCCCUGACGGUGUUUUCAAGAUCAGUCGUUCAAACAUUGGACAUUAUGCCCCUUCACGCCGCCCUGACCCCCAAGGAGCAGAACAGCAUCUUUGCGCCUGUCCGCAAGGGUGUCCGCAAGAUUGUGGUUGCGACCAACGUUGCCGAAACCAGUAUCACCAUUGACGGAGUGGUGUAUGUAAUUGAUUCGGGACGUGUCAAGGAGACCAGGAUGGAAAACAACAUGACCAAACUGGUGGAGACCUGGACGUCAUUUGCGUCUACCCGCCAGCGUAAGGGUCGUGCUGGCCGUACCCGUCCUGGUAUUGUCUACAAGCUCUUCACGAGGAAGCAGUCGCUUAAAUUGGCGCCUCAGCAGGACCCUGAAAUCUUGCGUAUCCCUCUGGAGCAACUUUGUCUGUCCGUCAAGGCUAUGGAAGAAAAGAACGUAGAAGCCUUCCUCGGCAAGGCCCUUACGCCUCCUUCUUUGGCAGCUAUCCAAACCGCACUCAAGACCCUGGAGGACCUCAAUGCCCUUGAUGGAACAACGGGUGAGCUGACACCUCUCGGAAAGCACAUGGCGGAUAUCCCUGCGGAUUUGCGUGUUGCCAAGAUGUUGAUUUUUGGAGCUGUGUUCAGAUGCCUGGAGCCGAUCUUGGUGGUGGCCUCUUGUAUGAGUGUCAAAAGCCCCUUUGUAUCGCCCAUGGACAAGCGAAAUGAAGCGCAGACCAAGAAGGAACAGUUUGCGACAGCAAAAUCCGACUUGUUGACUGCGUGGAAGGCGUACGACACCUGGGAGAAACUCCGAGACAAUGGCGCAGGACGAUCGGAGCUCAAGUCGUACUGUGAGGAGAACUUCCUGUCGACCAACACGCUCUUUGAGAUACAGAACCUCAAGUCGCAGUAUCUCGAAGUCUUGGACUCGAUUGGGUUCACUUCCAGAGAUAAUGGCAACAGCAGGAGCCGUCGCCGGUCAGAGAGAUGUUCCGCGGAGGCUGAUAAUAUGCAUUCGGACAAUAUGGCGUUGGUCAAGGCCAUUAUCUUGUCUGGAUUAUACCCGAAUGUGAUCAAGGUCAAGAUGCCCGACGCCAAGUUUGACAAGAUGAUUGCUGGCGCGGUCGAGCGCGACACGGUGACCAAGGAGAUCCGCAUGUUUACCAAGGACGACGGUCGUGUUUUCCUGCAUCCGUCCUCGAUCCUGUUCCAGGCCAACCAGUACCAAGUUCCUUUCUUAGUGUACUUUUCCAAGCUGGAGACAAGCAAGAUCUUUGUGCACGAUGCAACGAUGGUGCCGAUGUAUGGGCUGUUACUGUUUGGAGGACAAGUGCAGGUUGAUCACUUAGGUCGCGGACUGGAGAUUGGAGAUGGGUUUAUCAAGCUGAGGGCGUUUGCAAGAAUUGGCGUACUGGUCAACCAGCUGAAGAAGUUGCUGGAUGCUCUUCUUCAGGCCAAGAUUGCCAACCCGGACUUGAGUAUUUCUGAGAACCCUGUUGUCGAGACCAUGAUCAAGCUUGUCACAACCGACGGUAUCUAG